AUGUUAAAAGAUCCAAAUUUUAAAUCAAAUUAUGUUUAUACGGGUUUAAUAUCUCAAAGUAAACAAGUUGAUAAUGCAUAUUGGAUGCCAAAAAACAUAUCAUAUAAUAGUUCAUUAAAUUAUAUAUGGUUAGCAUCUUCACGAGGUUCAAAUAGAAUAGCUUAUCAUUUAUCAAAAGCUCGUGAUGAAUCUUAUUAUGGUUUAUAUGAUAUUGAUCCAUAUUCGAAUUUAAAUAAUCUUAGAUUUUGUCGAAAAAAUGAUAUUAAACAAUUAAUAAAACCAUCCUCAUCUUGUGAAUAUAAACAGUGUACAUCGAAAUGUAUUAAUAUAACACUUCCAAGUCAAAGUGAUGAUUCAAGAUUUGGAUUUUAUGCUUGUUUUCCAAAAAAUAGUUUAGCUUCUAUUGUUUAUACACAAUCAUUUCCACUUGAUGGUGAUUUUAUUCGACCAAUAUUACCAAUGGACUAUAGUGUUGCAAUUCGUCGAAGUUUAAAUGAUUCUUUAACAUUAAAUUUCAAUCAAGUUGAUAAAGAUCUUCAUUAUGAUUGUUAUGAAUAUUUAAAUGUUGAUAAAAGUUCAACAUUAGAUGAUACAAUUCGAUUAAAUUGUGAUUCAUCAAAUACAAAUAACAAAACAAUAACUGGUAUUAAAGCAAAAAAAGACUUUAAUGGUUUACUUUCAAUUGGUCUAAAAGAACGAAGACUUUCGGCUCAUCAUACAAGAUUUAUUAAUUAUCAAGAUUAUGGAAGUCGAUGUCGUUCUCAAGGUAUUUAUCAUCCAUAUAUAAAUCAAUGUAUUUGUGCACCAGGAUUUUAUGGUGAUGAAUGUCAAUAUAGUUGUCCACCUGGUUAUUAUGGACAAAAUUGUGAUUAUCAUUGUUCAGGUGAUGAUGAUUAUUGUCAAGGUUUAUUAAUUUGUUUAGCUGAUCCAUAUGGAUGUUCUUGUUACUCAGGUUGGUAUGGUACUAAUUGUAAUAUAAGUUGUCCAUCUGAUCGUUAUGGACCUGACUGUUCUUAUAUAUGUUCUUGUCCUUCUUGUAAUAGAUUUACAGGUGUUUGUAAUUGUCUUGGAACUGAAUGUUAUCAAGGUAUGAGUUUAUUUAUAUAUAUAUAUAUAUUUUUUUUAAUAAUCCGUCAUUAG